UACAUUCUCCACUGCUCGGACAAAGUUCAGAACUAUUAGAUAAUAGUUAACAGUAGCCAACCUUCACUUCAACAAUGGCAGCUUUAAGCAGCCUCUUCAAGAGAAAAUCCUCAAAUCCCUUUAAUGGCCUUAUCAGAAGUUGCAGGCUGUUCUCCACUGAAACUUUACUUGAUAAUUGUCCAUCUUUCGCCCAGAGAUUGAGAGAUCUGCCCAAAGAUUUUCCAGGGACCAGCAUCAGAAAAGAGGCUUCUCAGCUGAUUGGGAGAACACCAAUUGUUUAUCUGAACAGAGUUACAGAAGGCUGUGGUGCUUACAUAGCGGCUAAGCAAGAAAUGUUUCAGCCAACUGCAAGCAUUAAAGACAGACCAGCAUUUGCUAUGAUCGCCGAUGCAGAAAAGAAAGGCUUGAUCUCACCUGGAGAGACAACACUGAUUGAGCCCACAUCCGGAAAUAUGGGGAUUAGUAUGGCAUUUAUAGCAGCCUUGAAAGGUUACAAGAUGGUUUUGACAAUGCCCUCUUAUACCAGCUUAGAGAGAAGAGUGACUAUGAGAACAUUUGGAGCUGAGUUAAUCCUCACGGACCCAACCAAAGGCAUGGGAGGAACAGUUAAGAAAGCUUACCAGCUGUUGGAGAAGACUCCCAAUGCUUUUAUGCUUCAACAAUUUUCUAAUCCUGCAAAUACCCAGGUGCAUUUUGAGACAACUGGUCCUGAGAUAUGGGAGGACACGAACGGUAAAGUUGACAUAUUUGUCAUGGGAAUUGGAAGUGGAGGUACUGUCUCUGGUGUUGGCCAGUAUCUCAAGUCCAAAAAUCCUGAUGUCAAGAUAUACGGAGUCGAGCCUACUGAAAGCAAUGUCUUGAAUGGCGGCAAACCAGGUCCUCAUCAUAUCACUGGUAAUGGGGUUGGAUUCAAACCUGAUAUCCUUGACAUGGAUGUAAUGGAACAAGUUCUCAUGGUGUCCAGUGAAGAAGCCGUAAUCAUGGCUAGAGAGUUGGCAUUGAAGGAAGGGCUUAUGGUUGGGAUAUCAUCAGGGGCGAAUACCGUUGCAGCACUACAGCUUGCACAGAAACCAGAAAACAAAGGCAAACUCAUUGUGACCGUACAUCCAAGUUUCGGAGAGCGUUACCUGUCAUCUGUCCUGUUUGAGGAGCUCAGGAAAGAGGCUGAAAAUAUGCAACCUGUUCCAGUUGAUUAAUGUUCCACGUUACAGUCUCUUGUAGCAGAUAUCCUGCAGAUAUAGGUUCCAGUCUUCGGGUUUAUAUUUAUGAACCAAAACACAAUUACUACACAGUUCUUGCAGCUCAUCCAUUUGUGAACUUCAAAAUCUAGUACUGAUACACUAGGAGCCUUUUGAGGUUUUUUUUUUUUUUUUUUUUUGUUUAAAACAUUUUCGAAAUUUUAUUCAUGAAUUGUAAUCAUCAAGAUAUGAUGUAUUUUUGCUGCAUGAAUCUGCUUGCAAUAUUUCGUGGUGUUAAAAUAUAUGAACAAUAAAAGUGAAAAGGGUGAGAAUGUGCUAAUUCGGGCUCUA